AUGGACCUGCCCUCGUCCCUCCCGACGACUGCGGCAGGGUACACGCCCUGCUUGCCGCAUCCCAAGCUGUCAUUCCUGAAAGGCGACCUGACCGAUCUCUCCUUUGUCGACACGCUGUAUGCGAACAAGUUUGAGUUCGACGGCGUGAUUCACCUGGGCGCGAUCCCGAACCCGCGCGACGAUCUAGACGACAGGAAGCUGCACAUGAUCAACACGUGCAGUUCGUACAACAUUCUCCGAACCAGCACCGACCACGGGAUUAAGCGUCUAGUCCAAGCAUCCUCCGUUAAUGCGCACGGCCUCUCCUACUCCCCCCCUGGACAUGCCCAUUUUGACCGUUUUCCUAUCACAGAACAAGUCGAGAAGAGGCCCGAGGACGCAUACGCUAUAAGCAAGGCUGAGUGCGAACUCCAGGCCACUGCUAUUUGUAGGUGGGCGCCCGGGACGCGUGUAGCCAGCUUGCGCUUCCACAUGGUGCGCGAGAGCUACGACCAUGCCUGGCCCGAUUGCACUGCCCGUGACAUCUUCUCCUGGGUCAGCUAUGAGAGCUGCGCUAGGGCUUGUUUGCUGGCGCUGGAAAAGGGGGAAUGGAGGGGUCACGAGGUGUUCAACAUUGUCGCGCCCGAGACUUGCUGGGAGGGCAGUGUCGAGGUACAGCGGAAGAAGGGCGAAGGGGCUGGAGAGAGGGCGGGCACGGUUGAGUUGCUGACAAAGUAUUGGCCCGAUGGAGAGUUGGACAUGGCCUACUUUGAGAAGAAUCCUCGGGCCGCCGCUUGGACUUCGGCCAAGGCUGAGAGGAUGCUGGGAUGGAAGCAUGAUCCCAAUCAGUAG